GCCCAGCCGGGUUGUUUCCAGCUCGUUCUUCCUUGCCCCCCACCUCCGCGGCCUUGGGGCCUCUGAGGGUUUCAGACCGUGCCUUGCCUCCCAGUGGGACGGGGGUCGAGGCCGUGAAGCCAGCCAGACCCCAUCCUCACCACCUCUUCCCUAUCCUGUCCCCAGUGAUGGAACCACCUGUCAUCACCGAACAGUCUCCACGGCGCCUGGUUGUCUUCCCCACAGACGACAUCAGCCUCAAGUGCGAGGCCAGCGGCAGACCUGAAGUGCAGUUCCGCUGGACUCGGGACGGCGUCCACUUCAAACCCAAGGAGGAAGCGGGUGUGACCGUGCACCAGGCGCCCCAUUCCGGCUCCUUCACCAUCGCGGGCAACAACAGCAACUUCGCCCAGAGGUUCCAGGGCACCUACCGCUGCUUUGCCAGCAAUAAGCUGGGCACCGCCAUGUCUCACGAGAUCCAGCUCAUGGCUGAGGGUGCCCCCAAGUGGCCGAAGGAGACGGUGAAACCUGUGGAGGUGGAGGAAGGGGAAUCGGUGAUAUUGCCAUGCCACCCGCCGCCCAGCGCAGAGCCGCUCCGGAUCUACUGGAUGAAUAGCAAGAUCUUGCACAUCAAACAGGAUGAGCGGGUGACGAUGGGCCAGAACGGCAAUCUCUACUUUGCCAACGUGCUCACGUCGGACAACCACUCGGACUACAUCUGCCACGCCCACUUCCCUGGCACCCGGACCAUCAUCCAGAAGGAGCCCAUUGACCUCCGGGUCAAGGCCACCAACAGCAUGAUCGACAGGAAGCCACGCCUACUCUUCCCCACCAACUCCAGCAGCCACCUGGUGGCCUUGCAGGGGCAGCCGUUGGUCCUGGAGUGCAUCGCUGAGGGCUUCCCCACACCCACCAUCAAGUGGCUGCGCCCAAGUGGCCCCAUGCCGGCCGACCGAGUCACCUACCAGAACCACAACAAGACCCUGCAGCUGCUGAACGUGGUGGAGGAAGACGACGGCGAGUAUCGGUGCCUGGCCGAGAACUCGCUGGGCAGCGACCGGCACACCUACUACGUCACUGUGGAGGCUGCCCCCUACUGGCUACACAAGCCCCAGAGCCAUUUGUAUGGGCCUGGAGAGACUGCCCGCCUGGAUUGCCAAGUGCAAGGGAGGCCCCAGCCCGAGGUCACCUGGAGAAUCAAUGGCAUUCCCGUGGAGGAGCUGGCCAAGGACCAGAAGUACCGCAUCCAGCGUGGAGCAUUGAUCCUGAGCAACAUGCAGCCCAGCGACACGAUGGUGACCCAGUGUGAGGCCCGAAACCGGCACGGGCUGCUGCUGGCCAACGCCUACAUCUAUGUCGUUCAGCUUCCGGCCAAGAUCCUGACCCCAGACAACGAGACAUACAUGGCGGUGGAGGGCAGCACCGCCUAUCUCCUGUGCAAGGCCUUUGGAGCCCCUGUGCCCAGCGUCCAGUGGCUAGACAAGGAAGGGAAGACCGUGCUACAGGAUGAACGCUUCUUCCCCUACACCAACGGGACCCUGGGCAUCCGGGACCUCCAGACCAACGACACUGGCCACUACUUCUGCCAGGCUGCCAACGACCAAAACAAUGUGACCAUUGUGGCUAACCUGCAGGUCAAAGAUGCCACUCAGAUCACACAGGGGCCACAGAGUGCCAUCGAGAAGAAAGGCUCAAAAGUGACAUUCACGUGCCAAGCCUCCUUUGACCCCUCCCUGCAGCACAGCAUCACCUGGCGAGGGGACGGUCGAAACCUGCAGGAGUCUGGGGACGAUGACAAGUACUUCAUAGAGGACGGGCUCCUGGUCAUCCACAGCCUGGACUACAGUGACCAGGGCAACUAUAGCUGCGUGGCUGGCACCGAGCUGGACAUAGUGGAGAGCAGGGCUGAGCUCCUGGUGGUGGGGAGCCCCGGGCCGGUGCCUCAGCUGGAGCUGUCUGACCGCCACCUGCUGAAGCAGAGCCAGGUGCGCCUGUCUUGGAGACCCGCCGAGGACCACAACGCCCCCAUCGAGAAGUAUGACAUUGAAUUUGAGGACAAGGAGAUGGCGCCUGAGAAAUGGUAUAGUCUGGGCAAGGUGCCCGGGAACCAGACCUCCACCACCCUCAAGCUGUCGCCCUAUGUCCACUACACCUUUAGAGUUACUGCCAUCAACAAGUAUGGCUCUGGAGAGCCCAGCCCGGCCUCUGAGACUGUGGUCACGCCUGAGGCAGCCCCAGAGAAGAACCCUGUGGACGUGAAGGGGGAAGGGAAUGAGACCAGCAACAUGGUCAUCACUUGGAAGCCGCUUAGGUGGAUGGACUGGAACGCCCCCCAGGUUCAGUACCGCGUCCAGUGGCGCCCCCAGGGGACGCGGGGUGCCUGGCAGGAGCAGAUUGUGAGCGACCCCUUCCUGGUUGUGUCCAACACGUCCACCUUUGUGCCUUAUGAGAUCAAAGUCCAGGCUGUCAACAGCCAGGGCAAAGGCCCUGAGCCCCAGAUUACCAUUGGCUACUCUGGGGAAGACUACCCCGAGGCAAGCCCCGAGCUGGAAGGCAUCAAGAUCCUUAACUCGAGUGCCGUGCUGGUCAGAUGGUGGCCCGUGGACCCAGCCCAGGUCAAGGGCCACCUUCGGGGAUACAAUGUGACGUACUGGUGGGAGGGCAGUCAGAGGAAGCACAGCAAGAGGCAUGUCCACAAAGGGCACGUGGUGGUGCCCGCCAACACCACCAGCGCCGUCCUGGGAGGCCUGCGGCCCUACAGCUCCUACCAUCUGGAGGUGCAGGCCUUUAACGGCCGAGGACUGGGGCCUGCCAGCGAGAUGACCUUCAGCACCCCAGAAGGAGGGCUGGCCAGGCAAGGACCUGCCACCGUGUCUGUGCUCCGCAGUGCCCGGCCACCCUGA